CAAACCAGACGCUCAUUGCUCAGCUGUGUCCAUUUAUACAAAAAAAAUAUUCAGUGAGCAAAACCCUUUAAUGAUGAGUUGUUUAUUUCGUAGUGAGGAGAUGUGCCUCGUUCAGCUGUUUCUUCAGACUGAAUCGGCCCACAACUGCAUCAAUGAACUCGGACAUCUUGGACUGGUUCAGUUUAAAGAUCUGAAUCCUUGUGCGACAGCAUUUCAGAGGCGAUUUGUGAAGGAGGUGAAGAAAUGUGAACAAAUGGAGAGGAUUUUGAGGUAUCUUGAGAAGGAGAUGGUGAAAUCUAACAUUGUAAUUACUGCAACAAAGGAGAAGGAGAUGGUUCCAUGUGCUAGAGACGUGCUGGAGCUAGAGUCUACAUUUGAGAAGUUGGAGCAGGAGCUGCGAGAAAUCAACCAUAAUCAUGACACACUCAGACAGAACCUGAUCGAGCUGAUGGACAUUGACUCUCUGCUGAGGAUGACCGAAGACUUCUUUGAAGAGGCCGAGUCUCUGCUGACCUUCUCUGAGGCUUCGUCUUAUGACUCGGUGUCGAUGACCAUUUCAUCAUUCAUUACCAGCCGCAGAAACAGCAGCUCCAGCACCUCUGGGCCUCUACAUCUAGGCUUUAUUGCAGGUGUUAUCAAACAAGAAAGAUUUCCUGCCUUUGAAAAGGUUCUCUGGCGACUUUUUCAUGGCAAUUUUGUCCUUCGGCAUGCAGAGAUACAGACCACAGAAGAACUUGAAGCAGUGCGGGGAGCUGUGAAGAAAGAUGCGUUCAUUAUAUUUGUCCAAGGAGAUCAUGUGCGAGAAAAGAUCAGAAAAGUUUGUGAAGGGUUUCGUGCCAGCUUGUACUCGUGCCCCAAAACUUUAUACGAACGCAAGGAGAUGAGCAACAGCAUAAUGACACGAAUGGAAGAUCUCCGACUGGUCCUGAGAAGAACAGAAGAGUAUCGUGCUGGAGUUUUGAGCCGAGCGGCGGAGCACGUGCAGGAGUGGGGCAGUAAAGUCAAGAAGAUGAAGGCCAUUUACUACACACUCAAUCUCUGCAACAUAGACAUCACACAGAAGCUGAUCGUUGCAGAGAUCUGGUGUCCGGUGUCAGAUCUCACUGUAGUUCAAAACGCACUCAUUAAGGGAUCAGAGCAAAGUGGUUCCAGUGUGACUCCAGUUCUGAAUCGCAUUCAAACCAAGCAGACUCCUCCUACUUUCAACAGAACCAACUCAUUUACUGAAGGAUUCCAGGCUAUUAUUGAUGCCUAUGGGGUCGGAACCUAUCAGGAGAUUAACCCAGCUCCAUACACUAUCAUAACCUUCCCCUUCUUGUUUGCGGUGAUGUUUGGAGACUGUGGUCACGGUCUGCUCAUGGCACUGUUUUCUGUCUGGCUCAUCACACAGGCCGACUAUAUAAGAAAAUGGAAAAACGAGCUUACAGAUGUCCUGGUCGGUGGGCGUUUCAUUAUUUUGCUCAUGGGAUUGUUUUCCAUAUACACUGGGCUCAUUUAUAACGACUGCUUCUCCAAGUCCUUCAACAUUUUCGGUUCUUCCUGGUGUGUUCGGCCCAUGUUUCACCCUCACGGGUCUUGGCAAAAUGAAACACUGCACGAUCAUCACCAUCUUCAGCUGAACCCGUUUGUGCCUGGAGUUUUUUCUGGUCAUCCGUAUGUGUUUGGAAUUGACCCGAUUUGGAAUAUAGCAUCAAAUAAGCUGUCCUUUCUCAACUCCUUUAAGAUGAAAAUGUCUGUCAUCUUGGGUGUGGCUCAUAUGCUGUUUGGAGUGACCCUGAGUUUGGUCAACUUUCUACAUUUCCGAAAGUUCCAGGACAUUUUGCUUCAGUUUGUCCCUCAGCUUGUCUUCAUGCUGUGUCUCUUUGGAUAUCUGAUCUUCCUCAUCCUCUACAAGUGGAGCGUCAGCCUUAGCUCUGAAAUGGCUCCCAGUAUUCUGCUGCUCUUCAUCAGCAUGAUGCUGUUCGAUUACCAGCCUGACCACAAGCUUCUGUAUGGAGGACAGAAAGCUGUUCAGAUCUGCUUGGUUGUGACGGCUGUGCUGAUGGUUCCUGUACUGCUGCUGGUGAAACCUUUUCUCAUCUACAGAAGCCGUAUGAAAACCAGACAUCAGGUUUUUGGAAACAGUCUGGAUGAUCAGCAGUGUACAGAUAAACGUUCGUCAUUCGCGCGUCAUCAGAAAGAUGAAACGGUAAGCAUGGGGGAUGUUUUCGUAUAUCAGGCCAUUCACACUAUCGAGUACUGCUUGGGCUGCAUCUCCAACACAGCCUCGUAUCUGCGGCUUUGGGCACUCAGCCUGGCUCAUGCAGAGCUGUCGGAGGUUCUUUGGCGGAUGGUGCUUCAGGCGGGUUUGAAACUUUCCUUCGGUUUGGGCUCACUCAUGCUGGCGCUGCUCUUUGCUGCUUUCGCCGUUCUCACCGUCACUGUUCUUCUGGUAAUGGAGGGCCUGUCUGCAUUUCUGCAUGCUUUACGACUACACUGGGUUGAAUUUCAGAACAAGUUUUACGAGGGGUCCGGAUACAAGUUCACACCCUUGUCCUUUGACAGCCUGUUAAAAACAGAGCAGUAACAGUUAUUAUACAUGGUAUCUUGGGGUUUUACUGUAAAUAUUGAAUUCAAGAAGUGCAUAUUUUAUAUUAUAAAUGCAAGCUUUUUGGCCUGAUUUAAAUAUAGUUAAAAUGUUUUGUGUUAUAUACUUCAAGUAAGUUAACGAAGGGUGCUUUCACACCUACACUUUUGUUUCGGAACCUGUCUCGUUUGCCCAGUUAGCGCGGUUCGUUUGGCAUAUGUGAACAGGGCCAUUGCGCUCUGUUCCGCGGAAAAGUAAUCGUUCCGAGAUCGCUUGAAUGAGGUGGUCUCGGCUUGAUUGAAACGAACCCUGGAGCGGUUCGAUUGCAGUGAGAAAGCGAUCCGAUCCGAGCGCGGUUAUA